UAUAAGCAGCAUCCUUGGCCCAAACCAAGGAGGCAGUGGAAAAGCCAAAAAUGCAGGCCUCUGGUUGCUUCCUAGUUUUCUUUCUUUUCUUUUCUUCAUUCUCUUCCUUCUCCUCUGCUCUAACCGAUGCCGAAGCGUCCUCUAUUGCACGUAGACAGCUGUUAGCCCUUCCUGAAGGCGGUGACCUUCCUGAUCAUUAUGAAUUUGAGGUUGAGUUGAACCUGAACUUUCCCAACACCAGGCUUAGACGUGCAUACAUUGCACUUCAAGCAUGGAAAAAGGCCAUGUACUCAGACCCUCUUAAAACAACAGAGAACUGGGUUGGUGCUAAUGUCUGCUCUUAUACUGGAGUGUUCUGUGCAAAAGCUCUUGAUGACCCAGAAUUAGAGGUUGUGGCUGGCAUUGAUCUCAACCAUGCCGACAUUGCAGGAUACCUUCCCGUUGAAUUAGGCCUGUUGACCGACAUCGCCUUGUUCCACAUAAACUCCAACAGGUUCUGUGGUAUCAUCCCCAAGAGCUUCUCUAGGCUAACUCUUCUCCACGAGUUCGAUGUUAGCAACAACCGAUUCGUGGGAUCGUUCCCAGAAGUUGUCCUGCAUAUUCCAAACCUCAAGUAUCUUGACCUCAGGUUUAAUAAUUUUGAGGGGAAAUUGCCUCCUGAGCUCUUCAACAAGAAAUUGGAUGGCCUGUUCUUGAACGACAACAGGUUCACAUCCACCAUUCCUGACACGCUUGGUAACUCCCCUGUCUCAGUUCUUGUGGUCGCCAACAAUGAUCUUGAGGGCUGCAUCCCUAACAGCAUUGGAAAGAUGGUAAACACUUUGAACGAGAUCAUCUUGUCCAACAACAAGUUUGCUGGGUGUUUGCCUCCUGAAAUCGGAUAUCUCUCAAAGGUGACUGUGUUUGAUAUUAGAUCAAACACAUUCAGUGGGAUCUUGUCCAAAACUUUCAAAGGCCUAGAGAAGUUGGAGGAGGUGGAUAUUUCACACAACAUGCUAACUGGGUUUGUUCCCGAGAGUAUAUGCACAUUGCCAAACUUAGUGAACUUCACAUUCUCUUAUAACUUCUUCAAUGGUGAGACCCAAGAAUGUGUACCGUCUUCUCGGAAGAACGCUGUGUUUGAUGACAUAAGCAACUGCUUGCCAGAUAGGCCUCAACAAAAGUCAGCAAAAGAAUGUCAAGUUGUUGUUAGCAAACCAGUGGAUUGCGGUAAGGCAAAGUGUGGAGGUGGACAAGGACCAUCAAAACCAUCUCAGCCUCCAGUUGAGAAGCCAAAGACACCAAAGCCAGAACAACCUAAACAACAACCUCCUCCACAACCUAAGCAACAACCUCCUCCACAACCUAAGCAACAACCACCAAAACCAUCACCGGAAUUGGUUCCAACACCUUCUACACCCAAACCACAACCCCCUAAAGAAGAACCUCCCAAGGAGGAACAACCCCCCAAAGAGGAGCCACAAAAGGAACAACCUCCAAAAGAGGAGCCACCCAAGGAACAACCUUCCAAGGAGGAACCACCCAAAGAACAGCCUCCUAAGGAGGAACCACCCAAAGAACAGCCUCCUAAAGAAGAGCCACCAAAGGAAGUACCUCCCAAAGAGGAGUCACCUAAAGAACAGCCUUCUAAGGAGGAGCCACCCAAGGAGCAACCUCCCAAAGAAGAGCAACCAAAGGAAGCACCUCCCAAAGAGGAGUCACCUAAAGAACAGCCUUCUAAGGAGGAGCCACCCAAGGAGCAACCUCCCAAAGAAGAGCAACCAAAGGAAACACCUCCUAAAGAGGAGCCACCUAAAGAACAGCCUCCCAAAGAGGAACCACCCAAAGAAACUCCCACACCAAAACCAUCUCCCGAACCAGUUGCUAGCCCCCCUGAAAUAGUUGAAGAAGGACCAUCACCACCUGAGCCUACCACUACAAGUCCUAGGGUUCCAGUUCAUCCUCCCCCUCCAGCACCUGUAACAAUGCCACCAUCGCCUGAACCCACAGGGCAAAGUCCUGUAGUUUCAAUCCACCCUCCUCCUCCACCAAUUCACUCUCUUCCACCACCAAUCAAUUCACCCCCACAACCAGUCAAUUCACCCCCAUCACCAGUGCAAUCACCUCCCCCACCAGUCCAUUCUCCACCACCACCAGUCCACUCUCCUCCAUCACCAGUCCAUUCUCCCCCACCCCCAGUUCUCUCUCCCCCACCUCCAGUCCAUUCUCCACCAUCACCGGUUCACUCUUCUCCACCCCCGGUCCAAUCACCCCUACCACCAGCACCAGUCCACUCUCCACCACCACUAGUCCACUCUCCUCCACCCCUGGUCCACUCUCCACCACCACCAGUCCAAUCACCCCCACCACCAGCACCAGUUCACUCUCCUCCACCCCCAGUCCAAUCACCCCCACCACCAGCACUAGUCCACUCUCCACCACCACCGGUCCACUCUCCUCCACCACCAGUCCACUCUCCACCACCAGCACCAGCACCAGUCUACUCACAGCCACCUCCAGUCCAAUCACCACCACCACCUACCCAGUCUCCACCGCCUCCAAAAAACUCUCCUCCCCCACCUUCUCCUUCUCCUUCACCUCCUCCUCUCGUAGUCUCAUCACCCCCUCCAGUAGAUGACUUUGUCUUGCCACCAACCUUUGGCUCCCAAUACUCAUCUCCACCUCCACCAAUGUUCCAGGGCUACUAAGCAUUAUGAUAUCAACCUUCAUAACCUACAUGACUUUAUUUAUAAAUAUUUACAAUCUCAAAGAAAUACACCACUUUUGUUAGUUUACCAUAGCUUGUUGUAUAAUUCAUGACAUCAAAGUGUAAAUGCUUUUCAUAUGCCUACUUAAUGCAAUAAAGGACAUUAUCAGCAAAUAAUUCCAUAA